CAGAACUAGUUUGGGGAUCACCCACCAAAGGGCUACUAUGGCGCUCCGUUCGAUCCUCCCCAAUCUCUCAAGGUACUUAUCCAUAUACAUGUGUAUGUGUGUGCGUGUGUACAUAAAAAGUCAGAGUUAUGUAUGUACGCAUAAAUUCCUCCAAGAACUGGUAAAAAUUGCAGCAGCGAAACUCUCUGUAAUGCAAGCUUUUGGAGGUUUGUCUCAUCAACCACACUGCCAAUUGAUAUGCCCGACAAAACGGCACCAUUCAAUAAGUACCAAAACGACGGCCUCAAGAACAGAUUAUUAAGGCCUAUAUUCCCACGACGAAGCGCGACGAUUGUGCUUCAGAAUUGGGUCGAUGAAGGCCGCAAGGUCUCGAUUUCUGAGCUUCGGGGACUCGCAAAGCAACUCAUGAAACGUCGCCGUUACAAGCACGCUUUUGAGAUACUGACCUGGAUGGAGGUUCAAGACAUGUUUCCGGUUUCAGCAGCUGAUUAUGCCAUCAGGUUGCAAUUAAUCAUCGAAGUGCAAGGUUUAAAGGAGGCUGAAAAAUAUUUUGCAAAUAUACCCAACACUGCUGCACAGAAAGCUUCCUGCCUGCCUCUUCUUCAUUGUUAUGUUAAAGAAAGAGCAACUGAGAAAGCUGAGGCUCUCAUGCUGAAGAUGAAUGGCUUAGGGCUGAUUUUGAGUCCUCAUCCAUUUAAUGAGAUGAUGAAGCUUUAUAUGGCCACAUCUCUGUUUGAGAAAGUGUCGUCUGUCAUCCUGCAAAUGAAGCAAAACAAAAUACCUAGAAAUGUCCUUUCCUACAACCUUUGGAUGAGUGCAUGCGGGGAGUUAUCUGGGGUUGUAUCAGCAGAGAUGGCUUACAAAGAAAUGGUGAAUGACAAGGAUGUUGAAGUGGGAUGGAGCUCUCUUGCUACCUUGGCCAAUAUCUACCUAAAAUCAGGGCUUGUUGACAAGGCCACUUUGGCUGUUAGAAAUGCAGAAAAGAAGCUAUCAACUUGUAAUCGCCUGGGUUACUUUUUUCUUAUCACGCUCUAUGCGUCUUUGAAUAAUAAGGAUGGAGCUCUCCGGCUUUGGGAAGCUUGUAAAGCAGUAGCAGGGCGAAUCACUUGUGCCAAUUACAUGUGUAUCUUGCUAUCUAUGGUGAAGCUUGGCGAGAUUGAAAAAGCUGAGAAGGUUUUCAUGGAGUGGGAGUCCCAGUGUAGGAAGUAUGAUAUUAGAGUCUCCAAUAUACUUCUAGGUGCAUACAUGAGGAAUGGAAUGAUGGAGAAAGCUGAGUUGCUACAUCACCACACUUUAGAGAAAGGGGGCAGUCCUAAUUAUAAAACAUGGGAGAUACUCAUGGAAGGAUGGGUGAAAAGCGAAAAUAUGGAUAAAGCUAUUGAUGCCAUGAAAAAAGGAUUUGCCAAGUUGAAACAUUGUGAUUGGAGGCCAUCACCUGGUAUUGUUGCAGCCAUUGCAGAAUACUUUGAGAAGAACAGAAGGUUUGAAGAUGCAAAGUGUUAUCUUAAGGUUAUUAGGCGUGUGGAUCUUGCAACUUUGGCAGUCUACAAAUCAUUGCUUAGAAUGCAUGCUUACUCCCAAAGGCCAAUUCAGGACAUUGUUAGACUGAUGCAGGAGGACAGAAUAAAUAUGGACGAUGAGAUUUCUGACCUAGUUCAAAGAUUCAAAGUGUAGGCAAGAACAUCGCUAUGGGGAAGUAUUUAUGGCUUCCUGUGAACCUGAUGUCAAAUGCUUCAGACUUUGUUUCGUCCUAUUCUUCGUGUCGAAGGUUGUGAGCUGGGGCUAAAUAGAAAUGCUAGCAUCUUGGGCAUCCCGGCAUCAUCUCAAUUCCGUAUGCAUUGACUAGUCUUUUAGCCUUGAUCAAAGGGAUGAGAGAGUCCAUGCCAAAACCAAGCUACAGGUUUUGAACCGAAGGUGACUGAAACAGACAGCGAAGACAUUGCAAACCGCAGUGCUAAUGGCAGCAUCUUUGGAAGUCUCUAGGUAGGCAAUUAAAAGUCAAUCGUUCUUGCCCAUUUUUUCUUGACAAGUUCUGAAGGAAGGUGCUAACAGCUAGGUGAACUCUGAAUCCACACCCCCUUAAUAUUCCACUUGAAUUCAUACUAGUUGAUCUACUCUUGACAAAAAUUGAGAGAGAGUGGAUUAGUGGGUAUCGUGAAUUCUUUAUCUUAAAUGACAUCAAAGAUCAAAGAAACUUUAUUUUUAUUGACACUUGUACCAAACCACCUGAUUAUGUGCGUGAUGCAGUGUUGUUUGGUUGUAAUUGAAACUUUGUAUUGGUAUUGCGAUGAUCAUGCACGUAAUGCAAAGUACGUGGCAUUGGUACUGCAAAACUUAUACAUUUGCUAUAGAUAAAGC